AUGAGUACCUGGCUUGAAGGCGUAGUUAGUGAUACACAGAAAGAAGUUAUCGAAGAACUUCAGAAACUCGUCGAAGAAAAAGGCAUCAAGGAGAAAGUUCUCGCCGAUGCCCAAGAAAUGGCAAAAAUCGCUGCUAGACAUAUCCUUGAUGACUCACAGCCAGAGCUUCAGGCAUUCCCAAGUAUCCCAAUUGAUGGUGAUAAGGAACUUCAAUAUCAAUUAGUUCUCGAAUUCCUUCAAUCAGCAGGAUUCAAAUUCGCACCAGCAGUACUUAAAUUCGAAAGUCAACAUCCAGAAAUAGAAGUAGAUCGCCGUGAACUUGGCAAGAGGUUAAAUCUUUGCACAUACGACAGAACUCCAUAUCUUGUUCAACUUGUUGAGGAACAACUCAAGACACUUGAGGAUGAAUAA